AUGUCCACAUCCACGUCGAAAUCCACAUCUACACCUACAUCUACAUCCACCCCUACAUCCACAGACAUGCCUUCCGAUCAUGAAGAAGAGCAGCAGCAGCCCCAGCACCAGCAACAGCAACAGCAGAUAGCCGGGCCGGAGUCCGAUGAAGAAACCCCGGAGGAGGAGGACGCCAAUGAAAAAAAGCGGCGGGAGCUGAGGGACAAGAUAUUCAUCCUCGAGGAUGAAUGUCAGGCCCUCGAAAUCAAGAAGGAGGAGGCCCUGGAGGAACUCAGGGAGGCUGAGAGGGCAUGGAAGAUAGCGAUGGAGGAGGUGGCCCGGGUUGAAGAGGCCUACCGAAACCUCCUGGAGGAGAUUUGA